AUGGGAGCCGGAGGACAAAGAAGAGGAAUACAGUCCUGGUGGUUAGCCAUCCGAUUUUCUGUGAUACUCAGCUGUGUGGAGCAGGUUUCAGCUCAGAUUAAAUAUUCAGUUCCAGAGGAAGUAAACGUGGGAUCCGUUGUUGGAAAUGUCGCCAAGGAUCUCGGCUUGGACAUCAGUUCGCUGAAGGAACGACGGUUUCGUAUUGUUUCGGGAGCGAAAGAUGCUCAGUUUGAAGUAAACCAGCACAAUGGCGUCUUGUAUGUGCAUAAGAAUAUCGAUCGAGAGGAGCUUUGUGAAAGCGUUUCUCCAUGUUUAAUGAACCUAAAGAUGGUAGCUGAGAACCCCAUGGAAAUACAUUAUGUGGGAGUAGAAAUCAUUGAUGUAAAUGAUAAUUCACCGAGCUUUCCAGAGGAAGAAAACAUAUUAGAAAUUUCUGAAUCCACUGUUCCUGGCAAACGUUUCCAGUUACCAACUGCGCACGAUCCUGAUGUUGUCAUCAACACUGUGCGUGUGUAUCGACUAAAUCAAAACGAAUAUUUUAAUGUUCAAAUUCGGGAGAGGGGAGAGGACAAGAUACCAUUCUUAGUUCUGCAAAAGUCUCUGGAUCGGGAAAAGCACCACGAGCACAAGCUCAUUCUGACAGCAGCUGACGGCGGAAAUCCAUCCAGAUCAGGGACACUUAACGUCACUGUCAUCGUUCUCGAUUCAAAUGAUAAUCAUCCUACAUUCAGCCAAGAAGUAUAUUCAGUAACAAUACCUGAAAAUGUAGAUGCAGAUACAAGCGUAAUUAAGGUAAAGGCGACAGAUGUGGAUGAGGGCGCGAAUGGAGACAUUGAGUAUUUUUUUGGUGGUCAACUUGACCGGAAGAUAUAUGAUAUGUUUAGCUUAGAUAAAGAAACUGGUGAAAUUAAAGUAAAGGGAGAAAUUGACUUUGAGAAGGAUGAUGUUUUUAAGUUAGACGUCCAUGCCACUGACAAAGGGCAGCCUCCAAUGAGUACUGAUUGCAGAGUGAUCAUCAAAGUGCUCGACAAAAACGACAACAAACCUCAAAUAGAAGUGACAUCCCUGUCAAACACGGUAUCUGAAGACUCAAAACCUGGGACUGUGGUUUCUCUGAUUAGCAUUACAGACCAAGACGCCGGUCUAAAUGGUAAAGUAAUAUGCAGCCUUUCAGAUAAUGUGCCGUUUGAUUUAAAACCAUCAUUUCAAGAUAAUAUGUACUCGUUAGUUUUGAAACAGCAUUUGGAUCGAGAAUCAGUGUCGCAUUACGACAUCACAAUAACAGCUACAGAUUGUGGUCAGCCUCCCCUGUCCACAUUCAAAACUCUGAGUAUUGAUGUAUCAGACGUGAAUGAUAAUUUACCAGAAUUUGCGCAAAAUCCAGUUGAACUUUACCUGGUAGAAAAUAACGUGCCAGGAAACCCAAUAUUUACGGUUACUGCAUCGGAUAAAGACUUGAAUGAAAAUGCGGCAUUAACUUAUCAUAUAGUUAGAGAGGAACGCAGGCAAGUAACAAUUGCAGCAUUUCUAAAUAUAAACACAGAAAACGGACAAAUAUCCGCGUUAAAAAGUUUCGACUUUGAAACAGUGAAAACUUUCCAGUUCCAAGUUGUUGCCACAGAUUCUGGAACUCCGUCACUGAGCAGCAACGUCACAGUGAACGUGUUCAUUCUGGAUCAGAACGACAACGCUCCAGUCAUCCUGUAUCCACUCAGCUCCAACGGCUCUGCUGAAGGGGUGGAGGAGAUUCCCCGCAAUGUCAACGCAGGACACUUGGUGAGCAAAGUCAGAGCCUAUGACGCUGAUAUAGGAUAUAACGGCUGGUUGCUGUUCUCACUGCAGGAAGUCACUGACCACAGUCUCUUUGGUUUGGACCGCUAUACAGGACAGAUCAGAACACUUCGCUCAUUCACAGAGACAGACGAGGCUGAGCAUAAACUGCUCAUACUGGUCAAAGACAAUGGCAACGUUUCACUCUCAGCAACAGCUACUGUCAUUGUCAAAGUCGUGGAGCCCAAAGAGGCUUUUGCAGCUUCUGAUGUGAAAAGUGCAGCCAAGGAUGAGGAGGGGAAUGGUGUGACUUUUUAUCUGAUGAUCACUUUGGGCUCAGUUUCAGUGCUUUUUCUCAUCAGCAUCAUCGUGCUGAUUGCAAUGCAGUGCUCCAAAUCCACAGACUAUACUUCUAAAUAUCUACAAGAGACUAAUUAUGAUGGGACACUGUGUCACAGCAUCCAGUACAGAUCAGGAGACAAACGGUACAUGUUAGUUGGACCCAGAAUGAGUAUUGGAUCUACUAUAGUCCCUGGAAGCCAUGCAAAUACACUGGUGCUUCCUGACAGGAGGAGGGCAUCUGGAGAGGUAAGAGCUUGA